AUGCGCAUAUCCUCAAAACCCAUCGACAACAGCGGCCCUUCAACCAUCAUCAACUCUUUUGAAGCUUCUGACUUCGCUCUUUUCAACCAUUUCCUGACGACCACACUACCAUGCCUUGCUCUCAAAAACGAGGCGUUGCUCAUGUCAUGGAAAUCGGACCUUCCCAACCUGGCACCGAAGUUUCCGUACCUCCUGCACGAAGUCCUAGCUGUAUCGGCCAUCCAUCUCCAUCAUCUCUACCCCAGCAGCUCGAUCAACUACCAGCGCGUGGCAUGGGGCCACCAAGCCAAAGCUUUUAGCCAGUUCCGCGAUGCGUUGUCCCCGGAAGUAGCCGCACACCAAGUGCACGCCCUUUUCGCCUGCUCGGCUCUGAUGUCCAACUACUAUUUCGCCUCCUUCGAAGACCCCUCUUCCCUCUUAUUCAAUAGCGACCCUUCCGGACCUCCCGAGUGGAUCUUCCCCGUCCGCGGCUGCGCAACACUCGUCCGCCAGCUGAGAGGUCCCUUGGAAGCCAGCACAUCAUGGACAACUCUGCAGUCGUCUUUGGACACCUGGGCUGACAGCCCUCCAUCUCCAGAGAGACCUGAGUGGGAGCCAGAAAUUGAGUCAAUAGAGGCAAAACUUUCAGCUCUGUCGCGCAGAACAGACCCCAGACCUCUGUACGAGGAGGACUUCCAGCUGUUGAGAAAAUGCUUCAAAAUAGCUGGGAAAGCCGGCGAUGCCUCGUGCAAGGUUUCAGCGAUGAUGUUCGGCGGCGCGGUAUCCGAGGAGUUCUUGAAAGACAUGACUGAACGCAAGCGUCCUGAGACUCUGGUCAUGAUGGCUUUCUGGUGUGUACUGAUAAGCCGCGUGGAUCAAAGGCACUGGCUGAGAAUCGAGUCGGUACCAGAGGCUAUUCUUGGUGUGAUCGAGAGGCAUCUACCGCCGGAGUAUUUGGAGCUGAUACGCUGGCCUGCGCAACAGAUUAGGCCUACACACGGCGAUGUACCUAUGCAAUAG